GCCGUUUUACACACAUCGAGAUCAAUGAGAGACACACACACACAUAGCGAGAGGGGUGUCUCGCUCUUCCAGGAAGGGAUUAUUAACCAGCGACAUGUGAAGGAAAAACACACACACGCGCGCGCACACACGUAGACAAAAGAAGUUUUCACACCGACGAGCCACGCCAUGGAUCCGGACCGCAAACCUUGAACAAAAAAGGGAAAAGAAGCGGGCUACAUGAGAAAAACAACUUCUUCUCCCAGAACAAGGAGCCGAGCAGUCGGUGCGCGCGGCUUUCGCUGCUGCAGCUGUGCGGGUUUGCGUGAGCGGAGCGGAGAAAGAAGAGUGCACGACGGAAAAGUGGAAGGAGAAGGGAGAGAAGUUGACGGGAGAUCAUGUCCGAAUCCUCCUCCGCUGCGGUAAAGUCUCAUUGAUUGAAUCUUGGAACCCUGCAUAGCAGCACGUGUGUUAACGCAUGUUAGGUACAUUAUAGUCUGUAUAUUGAAGUCUUGGUGUAGACGCUGCAAUGGGUGCUCAUGAGCCGGAGAGGAGCUCUUUCAGUCCUUUUGCGAACCCGCUGCCAAACUCCACUUCCUCCCCCAUCCAUGCUCCUGCAGCGAGGCCAGCCAGCCGAAUGGAGGAUGAGCCUGCCAGGCAGCCUGCACACCUGCGUUGGCAGCCAGUUUUCUGGAGCAGGGAAGACGUGGCCCAGUGGCUGCGGUGGGCAGAGAAGGAAUUCGCCCUCCGGCCAAUCACCAGCGGCACUUUCCAGAUGAAUGGCAAGGCUCUGCUUCUCCUCACUAAGGAGGACUUCCGUUACAGAUCCCCCCAUUCCGGGGAUGUCCUGUAUGAGCUGCUGCAGCAUAUACUAAAGCAGCGGAAGUCCAGCGCGUUUGGCCCGUCUCCCUACUUUCCUGGGAACUCCUUUAACUCGCUGCCUGAAAGCGCUGUGCGGCACCUGAAGCUCGAAGAGACGGUACGGCGGACCCCACGUGGUACAGACCCCAUCCCCGAACAGCCACCAACUAUAGAACUACGUCACCGCUCUCGUUCUCCCCACAACCCAGCCCCAACACUAUCCCCUCCAGAGCCAAACCACACCCAUUCUGCCAAUGAGGACCCCCUACAAACCUUCUCCCAGCUGCCUGAUAGCAACAACCACCUACCAGAGGAGAUGUACCCCCUGUCGGUGUCCCCAGUCCCCCCUAACGGGCGCUGUUCCACCCCCAGAGAACCCCCCCGCCGGGGCAGUCCUGGGCUCCAGGAGGCAGGUCCUCCUCGUGUCAUCCAGCUCAUGCCCAGCACCAUCAUGAACCCUUUGCUCCUCAGCCCGAGGAGCGGUGGGGGUGCCGGCAUGGACUUCAAGCACAGCCGCAGUGGAACCCCGUCCCAGGUGGCUUUGGAGAAUGGGCGGGAGGGGAAGGUCCACGUCCCUCAUCAUCACCUGAGUCUACAGCAACAGCAGCUGAUGCAGCAGCAGGAGGAGUUGCUUUACAGGAACCAUGUCAUCAUGCCCGUUUCUCCUCCAGAGGAGCAGCAAAUGCCCAUUGGACGGAUAGCGGACUGCAGGCUGCUGUGGGACUACGUCUACCAGCUUCUGUCGGACAGCAGGUACGAGAACUACAUCCGCUGGGAGGAUCGGGAGAGUAAAGUCUUCCGAAUCAUCGACCCCAACGGCCUGGCCAGGCUCUGGGGCAACCACAAGAACAGAACCAACAUGACGUACGAGAAGAUGUCACGAGCACUGAGACACUACUACAAACUGAAUAUCAUCAGGAAAGAGCCUGGGCAAAGACUCCUGUUCAGGUUCAUGAAAACCCCAGAUGAGAUCAUGAACGGACAGACGGAGCGAUUGGAACACCUGGAGAUGGACACAGACGACCAAAUCUACAUCAAGGAGGAAUGCUGAGGAACUGGGGGGGGGGGGGUUAAUGGACUACUUUACUACCACCACAGCCACUGAUGCCUUUCAGAAGCAGCUUGAAUCAGAGCGCCUGGAUGUUCCCUGAUAUUGGUCCCAAAGGCGGAAAAACAGGAUCUGAUCUCUUAACGUUGCCUUAGGAAGAAAAUCUCCUGACAUUCUGUAACAAGUAAAAAAAAAAAAAAAAAAAGCUUUGAAAUGGACACGGCUGACAGGACUUUGUGAGUGUCCCUUUAUAUUUCUGAGCUGAAAAUGCCAAUCACUUUGUGCUUCUAUGAAUGUGAUGUUUUGUUUGUCUUCACUUGCGCCAGAUCAUAAAUUUAUGCUGUUUUUAAAAACAAAUAUUUGGGUGUGUGCAACUGGACUGUUUUCAUCCUGAAAUAAACAACUACCAGACGGGU